AUGGAUUUCAGCCCACCCAUAUGUAGGAAAGUGCUCUGUAAGGGGCCUUCUGUCAGGAAAUGGGCUGUCAUGAGAGAGAGUGAGCUCAUCAUCGCAGGAGAAUCCGGGGUGUUAAUUCCUGCCCCGCUCACCUCCGGAUUGGGACAGAUGUGGGGGGCUCCUCUUCUUUUGGGACUAGGGGUUGGUGUGUCUUCUAUGUCAGUAAAAGAAGUCCUUCAAAGCUUAGUUGAUGAUAGUAUGGUUGACUGUGAGAGGAUCGGAACUUCUAAUUAUUAUUGGGCUUUUCCAAGUAAAGCUCUUCAUGCAAAGAAGCGUAAGUUGGAGACUCUGAAAUCUCAGUUGUCUGAGGGAAGCCAAAAGCAUGCAAGCCUACAGAAAAGCAUUGAAAAAGCUAAAAUUGGCCGAUAUGAAACGGAAGAGCGAACCAUGCUAGCAAAAGAACUUUCUUCACUUCGAGACCAAAGGGAACAGCUAAAGGCAGAAGUAGAAAAAUACAAAGAUUGUGACCCACAAGUCGUGGAAGAAAUACGCCAAGCAAAUAAAGUAGCCAAAGAAGCUGCUAACAGGUGGACUGAUAACAUAUUUGCAAUAAAAUCUUGGGCCAAAAGAAAAUUUGGGUUUGAAGAAAAUAAAAUUGAUAAAACUUUUGGAAUUCCAGAAGACUUUGACUACAUAGACUAAAAUAUUUCAUGGCGGUGAAGGAUGUAAAUUUUAAACUAUUAUGUAAAUAAGUGUACUGAAUUGUCAUUUGCCUGUAACUAUAUGUAGACUUUUGUUAAUGUUAAAUAAAGUGCAAAAUGCAAAAAAAAAAAAAAAAA